UUCAGUCGUUCAGCUCCAAAUUAAUCGCCUCACUUUCUGACUCCAACUGCCUCGUUUUUCUUCUGGCGGGGACCGAGCGGCUCUCUGCGGCCCUGCGAGUCUCAAACACCGGCUGGAGAGUCCGAGGUGGGCGCCAUGAGCCACCCGAACCCCGGACUUAUUUCAGCCUACAACAGUCUGACGGACAAACAUCUCGCUGGAUAUUUCAGCAACACUCGGAUCAGGAGGCAUCUGCAGAGAGCAGGACUGAUCACCAGAAGUGGGCGGAUCGUUCCAGAUAAAGAGUACAGACACAAACUGAUCCAGAGAGCCCAUCAGAGACACGUCCGAGAAUGUCUGGCCCAGGCCAUUUUCCACAAGGUGCUGGAGAUGGAGCGUCUCCACCAAAUAGAGAUCAAAAGGAAGCUGGAGGAGUUUGCAAGGAGGGAAAGAGUGCAUAAGAUCAAGGUGGAGCGCUCUAAAAGGUAUGAGGAGGACAUUAUCCGCAUCCUGUCUCCACGUCCACCCACCGGUGCAAGAGGCAUCCGGAAACAGCACUCUGGGCCAGAGGGGGAGCACUCUGAAUCGUCCGAGUCUCCGAGCUCGUCUCGACCCAACACGGCUCCGGGGAAGAUGCAGCGACCGGUUCGCCUGAAGCCGAUCCAUAGUAACAGCACCACGGCUUCAAUCAGACGCAGCUCCCCGUACACACUCCUGGAGUCCUCACAUGACAACAACCACUCACUCAACUGCACUAUGGACAAAGAGUCCCGCAGACGUUUUACCACAGCAGAGGCCUCACACGGCAUCUCGCCCUACUGCCUCCCAGUCAUCAACAACUUUGUCACCCCGGUGCCUCCAACCACCAAGAGGAAAGAGCGAGGUGUCAAAGUGAGUCGCAGCAGCACCAUCAGAGGCCGCAGACUGCGACCGACCACCGCCUCCAGUGGAGACGUCACAGAGGACCCUCCACUGCUGAGGAGCUCAGUUCACCAGAGCAGAGUGGUUGUUAACAUGGUGUACUUUGGCAAAUCAGUGCAUCUCUCCCAUGAAAUGACUGACAUGAGGGACGAGGUCAAAGUGUUUCAGCAGCACUGUGGAGGAGAAAACCUGUGUGUCUUCAAGGGAAAGCUGCUUGAGGGAGAGACUUUCCAGUUUAUUUCAAGGCGACACAGAGGUUUUCCCUUCAGCUUGACCUUCUUCCUGAACGGGCUGCAAGUGGAGCGGCUGAGCUCCUGCUGCGAGUUCAAACACAGGAAAGGCUCCCGACUGGGUGGCAGACAUGGACACUUUGGUUUCUCCGGCGUAGAGGGAGCAUCUCCCUGCUACAAGUGCAUCAUAGCAAUGGGGCUGGACAAAAAGCCAACUCCUCCACCCAAGAGGGUCAGAGAGAACAUAGAACGAGAAGAAUCGGUCAACAGCCCAAAAGAUGCACCAGAGACGGAGAUGGAGAGGACUGGUGAGGACGCUGCCUCCCAGUCAGAGUGUGAAACCAGUCAGCCACAGGACCACAUGGAGACCCAAGUCGAAGAAGAAACAGCACCUGAAGAGGACAAAGUCAGAGAUGAUUAUGAAGAAGACUUUGAAGCAGAUGAUGAAGCUCCUGCAGAAGAUGAUGUGAAAGAAGAGAAAUCCCCAUCUCCAGCCAUCGAAACUGAAAAACAGGCUACAGAGAAAGAUAUCUCUGAGACUGAAGACAAUGAAAAGGAUGAAGACAUAAAGUCUCGUUCGGGCUCCAGCUUCUCCGGCAGUGAUCAGGAGGAAAGCGACGCUGAAGACACCAAAGAGGAAGAAAAGGCAGAGCAACCAAAAGAAGUCAAUCCAGAGGAAACUGUUGCUCCACCAGAUGAAAAAGACGAACCAAAUCCAGAUGAAGCCGCCGCCACUGAGGGAGAAUCUGCUGUGGUCAAAGACUCGGACAUUCAGGACAGUGCCGGCGACAGCACCGAGAUCGACAUCUCCGAGACCAGUGUCCCCUCAGGGAACGAAAACAGACAGAGCAAUGACACUUCAGGAGGCAAAGAUGCUGAGAAAACCGCAGAGGACAACAAACCUGAGGAGGAACAGGAGAGAGCCAAAUCUGUGCAGGAGAAGCUGGCAGAAGCCAUACUGAAGGAGUCGCAGUGCAGCUCUGAGCCUGAACUGAGUGACACCAGCACUGAAGAGGAAGAAGAUUCCUCGGAUAAAGGCCCCAAACAGGACAACAAAGACGCAGUUCCCGAGAAACUUGUCACAUUUACAGAUCAACCGCAGACCCUCGUAGACCCGACAAAACGUGAGGAAAGUGAAACAGGUGAAGGUGAGGUGGCACAGGAGCAAGAAGAGACACCUGAAACAAAAGAACAGAAAGAUGAAGAGCCUCAUGAGAACAGUGAUGACACCAAAGAUGAGAAGGUCAGUGAGGUUGAGGAGGAUGAAAAGGCUGGAGAGGAGGAGAAAUCAGAGGAUGCAGGCGAAUCUCUGCAUCCUGUAAAUGAAGAGAACGCGGCACAGGAUGACAAGACCACAGAUCCUCUUGAAGAAACGCCGACUGAACCCCCUGAUGCUGAGGCUGCAGAGGAAGAUGAAGGCGAGGAGGGGAAAACUGACAUUCAGCACGACGAGACGGGGCAUGGGGGAAAAAGCGGAGAAGAGGAUGAGUCAUCGGUAUCAGAGCCGAAUAAAAAGGCCGAUGAGACAGCAGAUAAUGCGGAGGCGGAGGCGAUGACAGCAAGCGAGACAAUGGAGAUGAAAGCGGAGUCCUCAGAGGAGCAAGAGGCCCUCAGCCAUGAAGAGGCACCUGUAGCCGACACAGAGGAGAGGCAGCAGGAUGAUGGCGAGGACAGAGCUGCAGCAUCAGAAACUGAAGUUACAGCAGAAGAUUCGAGCAGCUCGCCAGAGGGGAGCGGAGACACCAUAGUGGAAAAAACAGUAGAAACAAGUACGGAAAAUACAAAAAAAGAUGAUCUUAAGGAAGAAGGAACGGAUGCUAGCCAGGAUGACACUCGACAAGAAAGAUGUGAGGGAGAAGAGACAAUGGAAAACUCUGUGGAAGUAGAUGAAAAGGUAGAGGAGCAGAAAGCUGAAGAGGAAGAACAAACUCAUAUACAUCCAGAUAAAACAGAGAAAGAUGAAAAUACAGAGGAAAGAGAUGAUGAAACAAACAGAACAGAGGAAGAGGGUAAAGAUGAAAGUAAGGAAGAUGAAACGAUAGACAGAAUGGAAAACACUGCAGAGGGAGCUGAUAGUGACACAAAUACUGAAGGAAAGCAAAAUGAAGCUGAGAACACCCCGGUUGAGGAGGAGACAGUCGCAAAUGAAGAGAAGGUGGAAGAACCAGAGAAGACAGAAAAAGAUGAGACUAGUGAAUAUGUCGAGAAUAAAAAUGAUGAGCAACAAUCUGAAGAAAAGGGAGCUGAUACAGCUAAUGAGGGUGAAGACAGAAGUGAGACAAACACAGCUGUAGAAGACAAAAACGAUGUGGCAGAAAAGUCCAAGCACAAAGCUGAGCAGAGUGAAACCAAGGAGGAUGAAAAUGGUGACGAAUGUGAAGAGAUAAAAGAUGAUAAGACUGUAGGAGAAGAAGGAGAAAAAUCUGCCAUUACAGAAGAACUCGAGAAGAGUGAAGAUGCAGACUUGGAUAAAGAUAAUGGGAAAAAAUAUUCUGAAAAUGUAGUUGAGUCAGAGGAUAUCGGUGAUGGUGAAGCAGCAGAUGGGACUAAAACAACUGAAGAAGUGCUACACAAUGUGAAAGAGGCUGAAAAUGUGAAGAGAGAGACUGAGAGAGCCAAUAACAGCAGUGAAAAGGGAGAAAUUGAUGCUGAAAACGGAGAGAUUUCCAUUGGAGCUGAGAGCAAACCUCGUGAGGAUGAGGGAGAUGACUUGAAAGUAGCAGAGAACGGUGAAGAAGUAAGACAAAGAGAGGAACAUACUGAAGAUGAGAUCACAGAUAGAAAAGAAGUAACUGUGGAGUCUGAAAAAGAUGAGGCCGGUGAGGUUGAUCCUGAUGCUAAUCUGGUAGAUACUGAAGCUAAGAAAGAGGAUGAAAGUGCAGAAAAGCAGUAUGAAUUAACUAAAAACGAGUCAGAACCAGAAACAUCUGGUGUGGAAAUGAAAGAUCCUAAAUUAGAUGACCAAACAGGCAUUGAGGAAACAGAAGAAGAUGAAAAUGGCAACAAGUCCGAUGUUGAUAAUGAAAAUAAAGAGUCAGGCUUGAUCGAAAACAACAACGUCCAGAAUAUCAUCAAUGAGGUGAUAGUUGUAGCAGCAUGUUCAGAAGAUCUGGAACAGUCGUCUGCUCCAGUGGCUGUUGAUUUAGAUACUGCCCAACACUUAGAUGAACAGAACAAGGAGCCGGUUGCAAAGUUUGAAACUGAGAAAAACCUCCAUAGUGAUGAAAAUAAAGCCGGUGUUUCAGACGUCUCUGCUGCUGAUGUAGAAAACGGAGCCGACGCCGAGGAGGCGAGCCGGGCCUCAGAGGAAGGAGCAAGUGUUCUGCUCAAACCUCAAGCCCAAAACAAGGAGGCCGAUAAAGCAGAACAGAGCGUCGCCUUCAGUAAAGACAUUCCAGAGGUCUUACCGAGAGAAGACAACUCAGAUCUGGUCACAAACUGGGUGAACAUGCACCAAGCGUCCAAGUAUUUCGAGACGUUCGUCGAACCUUUAGAAGAUCUGAGGGAGGAGAUUUCAGACACCGAAGGAUCAAAAUCUAAUAAAGAAGAGACACAAUCUUCAGAGCUGCAAAGAUCAGAGAGUCCAGGUGAGAUGGUGAGGAUGUCUGAAGAUGAAGAGCAGAAGCUCAAAGAUGAAACCGAGCCAACGGACAAAACCAAAGUGAAAGCUGUGGAGUCGGAUCUCGACAGCAUCCAUGCUAGAGAUGAGCCAUGUGAGAAUGUAGCUGUCAAAGAUGCACCACAAGUGGAGGAGAAGAUAAUACCAAAAGCAGAGACUGAACAAAGUGAUACAGAAUCUGAAAACAGGCAAGGCAUGAGGUCAGAAGAGCAUAAAGAAAGCAGGGGAUCUAUUCAAGAGGCUCAAGAUGCACCAGUGCAAGGAAUCAGUGAGGAAAAUGGUGUCUCUGAAACCAAAGUGGAAAGUAUCUCAGGUAGUCAUCACUCAGGGGCCAGCGGCAAACCUGAGAGUGUUCCUGAGAACCAAACUGAUGAGAAAACCACAGAAAAUGACCCAGAAAUGAAAGCUCUCCAACUUUCUGUCAAACCAGAAGAACAUCAAGAUUCAAAGAGUCCUGAAGGAGUGAAAGAUAUCAUUGAAACAUCAGAAAAACCAGAUGAACCGAGUCGAGAAGUUACAGAAAUAACCAACUUUGCAACAUCAAAGUCGGACGAUGGAAGCCUAGAGGAGUCUCACGGCGGAGAAACCCAAACCAAAGUGUCCGAUGGGAGUUUCAGCAGAGACAGAAGAGACGUUCAGCUGAUCCAAGACAUCAAACACACCCUCAGCAAAGACCGACUGAGCAGUUUCUCCGUGGACGAAACUCUGUUCGGUCGGAGCUCGUAUCCGUUACUGACGCCUGCCAGGACUGAGAGCGGACAUUAGAGGUAAAGUGAGGCUUUAUUCCUUUUUUAUUUUUGCUUUUACAAAGAUAUAUAUUUAAAAGUGAACAUUUAAAAGAAAAAACUCAACUUGCAUGGACAAUCAGACUUUAAUAGAACAGCAGCACUUGUAGUGCUCAUGAAGUGUUUUUCCAAAAGUAACUUAAAAGAAGCUCUUAGGUUUCUGUUUACAUCACAAAGGCUUCAUAAAUAGGCUUCAUCCUUCAGUCAUUAGAAAAAGAAGCUGCGUAAAGAGUUUUGACUGCUGCAUCAAAUGUUUACAAUAGACCAUCUCUUCCUAUUGUUGCUAACUAAGAGGGAUAGAUUGAAUGAGGUAUCGAGUGCGGCUGCUAUCACCUGUUACCUGUAAACAGAUACUCCUCCACUCGUGCUCACAAAUGAUUGAAUAAUUCAUAGCUGUUGGACUCCCGCAAGUUUACUUUGGCCUUGCUGCUCUUUACAUUCCCACUGACUGGAUACUUCAGCUUCCAUCAGAGAUCUGUAACGGAACAGUGUCUGUGUUAAUGACGAUUCCGGUCAGCGCUAGAACGUAAUGAGAGUGUAGAAAAACUGCAGUGGAACAACAGGAGCGCUAGUUUGGUUAACAGUAGUAUCAGUGAAAUGUUAAAUGUCCUGCUGCUAACACUACCUCUACUUUAAAGAAUAUAUGCUUAACACUUGUUGUUAUAGUCUUUAAAUGUCAUUUUUAUGGCAAGUUUGGGCUUGUGAAGCUUCACUCUUUCCUUUGGUAUCUGUCAGUGACUGAAAGCUUGUGUGAUUAAGGCAGUUCAAAAAUAAAAAUAAAGAAUAUGGACAGUGA